AUGGCCGGCAGGAACAUUGCAACACGCCUCAUCACACGAGCCUUCUCCUCAUCGCCCAAGGUGACCCAAAAGGGCACCCGGCCAUUCCAGGUCGCCAUCGACGGACCAGCCGCAUCCGGCAAAAGUACGACUGCAAAGAUGGUCGCGCAGCGCUUGGGGUUCGACUACAUCGACACGGGAGCAUUCUACCGUUGUGUCACACUGGCAGCACUCUCAAAAGGAAUCGACCCCUCCAACCAAACCCAGGCCUCACAAAUCUCCAACCUUGCACAAUCCUCCCACAUUGGCUUGAAUACCGUCUUUUCUUCCUCCCCCUCCUCACUACCAACGACAAGAGUCUUCCUCGACAAAAAGGACGUUUCCUCCGAAAUCCGUACCGGAACCGUCUCAAAACACGUCUCGGCCGUCGCGGCCAUCGGACCCGUCCGUGAAGCCGUCCUCCAAAAGGUCCGUGACAUGGGCGCCACCUCCACCUCCCAUGAAGGCAACUCUGGAAGAGCAGGAUUGGUGAUGGACGGUCGCGAUAUCGGUACUGUUGUCCUGCCGAACGCAGAUUUGAAGAUCUUUUUGGUGGCGGAUAGCAGAGUUCGUGCAGAGAGGAGAUUACAGGAGUUGGCCAAGAGUGGGAGUAAAGAGGAGGGGUCGGAUGUAGAAACGGUCCAGAAGGAUUUGGAAAGACGGGAUGAAUUGGAUCGAACGCGUGAGGCGUCGCCGCUCAGGAAGGCCGAUGAUGCGGUGGAACUUGAUACUUCGCAUUUAACGAUUGAGGGUCAGGUUGAUGCUAUUGUCCAGGAGGUCCAUCGUCGACAGAAGGCAGCAUCUUCGUCAUCGCCAUCGUCGGAAUAA